AUGCGGGCUGGCUGUAAAGGAACGGGUCCCACGCAGGGUGUAAUCUUCAUCACCACUGCAGGGAAGAGGAGCAUGUGGUUAUCCUUUGUGGAAAGGCAUGGUGCUCUCAAGCUCAUGGAGCCUGCAGCCACUUCCCUGUUGUCUCUCCAUUCAGACAAGGAAACUAAGUUAGGUUUGGAGCUGAUUGAGAUUUGCACACUGGUGGUACAAAGCAAGCUUUUUGAGGGUAAACACCAAGAGGCAUUGCCCGCUGCCCUUUUGUGCUUACGAUACACAGAGGAUGUCCACGGCCCACAGUCUGUUCACCAGGCCCAUGCUUUUCUGCUUCUUGCCGAGGCAAACAUUGGUCUGGGUAAUCUGGCACUUGCAGCAGAGCUCCUGUCCCAGGCGGAGUGGGUGCUGCUGGAGACUCCUGAAUGCCGUAACUCGCUCCUCCAGCGCCUGAACAGGAACUUUGGCUGCCUUCACGCAGCAACUGGAAACUUGGAAGAUGCCCGGUUUUACUUUGCAAAUGACAUUUUCUUUGCCACCGUGGAGUUUGGCGUGAACAGCACAGUCACUGCUGGCAGUCUUUUUCUUGUGGUUGAUGUUUUUGCCAAAAUGAAGAAAACGGUCAUGACUCGCUCCCUGUAUCAGGAGGUGGCACGUAUUUGGUACGAUCAUCUGACAAAACUGCUGGAGAUCUACAAGAAAAGCAACUCAAAUUCUGCCAUGUCGUCGAAUACCUUCCAUGGUUCGUCCAGUGUCCUGUCUGAAUGUGAUCUACAAAAGUAUUCAUCAACAAGUCAGAUUUGUGCUUUUGAAAGCCACAGCACUAAUCUAUCAUGCUUAUGCUCUAAACUAGAAACAGGACGCCUCUGCUGCCCUGAACCCAUCCUAAAGCAAAGGCACUCAGGGAAGAAGACAUAUUUGAGGGUCUGCGUGGAAAUGUCAGCGAGUUCAGGGACGCGAGGCCGUCUCAAGCUGUCAGACAGAGUGAAUCAGAGUUCAGAUCAAUCCAAGCGAGCUAAAGGAGAACAAGUGUUAGGAGCCAUACUGGAGUUUUUGCAGAAGGACAUCAGUAAAGAUUUAGCCCAGAUUGCUUUGGUGACCUACAGUCUGUCUGUCCUGAGACUCCCACAAGAUUGGAUUACUUCUAAGUAG